CCCUGUAUCAUAAACCCAGCUUCGCCGCCACUUGAGCUUCAGUUCCCGAUCGGAGCAAGCCAUGGGGCGAGUGAUACGAGCACAGAGGAAAGGUGCGGGAUCGGUUUUCAAGUCCCAUACCCACCACCGCAAAGGUCCAGCCCGUUUCCGAAGCCUAGACUUCGGGGAGAGAAAUGGGUAUCUAAAGGGCGUGGUCACCGAAAUCAUCCACGACCCGGGUCGAGGCGCCCCACUCGCCCGAGUCACCUUCCGCCACCCUUUCCGAUACAAACACCAGAAGGAGCUGUUCGUGGCGGCUGAGGGCAUGUACACGGGCCAGUUCGUUUACUGCGGCAAGAAAGCCACCCUCAUUGUCGGUAACGUUCUGCCCCUGCGCUCUAUUCCCGAAGGUGCCGUGGUCUGUAACGUUGAACAUCACGUUGGUGAUCGAGGUGUCUUCGCCAGGGCAUCCGGCGAUUAUGCUAUUGUUGUCAGCCACAACCCUGAUAAUGGCACCAGCAGGAUCAAGCUCCCAUCUGGGGCUAAGAAGAUUGUUCCAAGUGGAUGCAGAGCAAUGAUUGGGCAGGUUGCAGGUGGAGGGAGGACUGAGAAGCCCAUGCUCAAGGCUGGUAAUGCUUACCACAAAUAUAGAGUAAAGAGGAACUGCUGGCCAAAGGUACGUGGUGUGGCAAUGAACCCAGUGGAGCAUCCCCAUGGAGGAGGAAACCACCAGCACAUUGGGCAUGCAAGUACAGUCAGGCGCGAUGCCCCUCCUGGCCAAAAGGUGGGUCUUAUUGCUGCAAGAAGAACUGGUCGUCUCCGAGGGCAAGCUGCUGCCACUGCUUCCAAAGCCGACAAGGCAUAGUGAGUUAUAUCUUGUUUGAAUACUGUUUUUUUGGGGACUUCUACCUUUUAUUUUUAUCAAUUUUCACCAAAGACAACUAGUAGUGCUUUAUAUUGGACAUUUUGCUCAGAUUUGAAGCUUUUGAUAGGCAUGCUACUCUAUGUGGUUAAUCGUUUACUGUGGAGAGAUUUGUUUUCUUUUAUAUGAA